AUCUACACGAAAAAUUAAUGGGUUAAAUCCGUGCACAUGACACGAGAGAACAUGAGCAAAAUUAAAGCCAGCGAAAAAGACAAAGCAGUCCACAACUCCAAACCAAACCCGGAAUAAGGUUUUUAGCACAGUAAUCAUUUCCGGGCCUUCCCGCUGGUGACUUUCCCCGCUGCUUUCUCUCCUCGCCGGUACCCUUUGUUUGAUUUUCUUUUAUAAUUGAAUAGUAAAAAGGGCGUUUCCAACAUUCAGCUGAGUUGCAGAAAAUCUAGCCAUGUCGGAGAAAGGAGGAAAAGGGUUUUCUUUGCCUACUGGCAAAGCAGUAAAAUCUUCACUGAAAUCUACCCCUUCUACAAAGGAUGCUUCCUUGAAAGGGAAAGAUGAUAGCUCAACAAAGUCCAAGAAGGGGAGAAAAGUCCAGUUCGAUUCUGAAGGUUUGCAUGAACCCAAAUCCAACUUCUCGUCAAAAUUUGAUAACCCAGCUGCUGCCUCAGGGAAAGCUGAUUGGGGCAAAGGGGGAAAAGGAGACAAGGUUGGAAAUGGCAGAAAGAAAGAACCACAGCCACUGGAGCUCAAAAUUGAGCAGGAACUGCCACAGAGUGCCAAAUGUCUGAUGGAUUGUGAGGCUGCGGAUAUACUACAAGGAAUCCAGGAGCAAAUGAUCCUGUUGUCUAAAGAUCCUACUAUUAAAAUCCCUGUAUCAUUUGACAAGGGACUGCAGUACGCCAAAAGAACCAGCCACUAUACCAAUCCCCAAUCUGUCAGAAAAGUUCUUGAGACUCUCACAAAAUAUGGUGUCUCAGAUGGCGAGAUAAGUGUGAUUGCCAAUGUUUGUCCCGAAACCACUGAUGAAGUUUUUGCUCUAGUACCAUCCUUGAAGACUACGAGAAGCGUGCUCAGCCAACCGCUCAAAGAAGUCUUAAGUGAGCUAACUAAGCUUAAACAGUCUACAUAAGAAAACUCUUAGAAGUGAUGAUGCCUGGCUACUGGAUGCAAAUGGCACUCAUAUGGAGGGAUCUUGCUUUGUGUAGUAUCAAGGGUAGAGCGGCAGCAUAACCUACUAUCCUCAUGUGACAUGUAUUAAUGGUCUUUGGGAAUUUUGUAUGAAUUUCCUGGACCUGGAGAUGCUGUGGAAUUUCCUUCUCCAUAGCUGCUCUCCUUUGACUGGUUCUUGAUAGUAGUUUUCUUCUAUGUUUUGCAUGACGAAUGUGAAUUUUACUGGAUGGUAUGUUGACUUUAACAUCAAUAGAAGUAGAGAGAUAUUUCUUUUUUUUC